CGGAUUGUUGCCGCUGUUUCUACGCUCUGCGUCUCGCCCGGUUUUAUUGAUUGGUUCCCGUUAUAAAUGACGCCCACUGGUUGCCGUGAGGACGCCACAAAGCCCAGUCAAGCUAGCUUCAGCUCAAGCUCCGCACCAAAGAAACCAUGGCGACCAGCAGCUCAGUAGUAGUACUGGCCGUCCUGGCCACCGUCGCCGCGCUGGUCUCCCCGGCCAUGUCCCUUCCCGUCUUCACCGGCGACGUCGGCGUCUCUCUGGGCUUCCACGCCGCGUCGUGUCCGCAGCUGGACGGCAUCGUGCGGUCGUCCGUGGUGGCGGCGCUGCGGCAGGAGGUGGCGCUAGCGGCGGGCCUGCUCCGGCUCUACUUCCACGACUGCUUCCCGCAGGGCUGCGACGCCUCCAUCCUCCUCAACACCACCUCCGCCCGCGAGACGGCGCUGCUCCCCAACCUCACCAUCCGGCCGCGCGCCAUGCAGCUCAUCGAGUCCAUCCGCGCCAGGGUGCACGCCACCUGCGGAUCCGUUGUGUCAUGCGCCGACAUCACCCUGCUCGCCACCCGCGAUAGUAUCAUCGUGUCCGGCGGGCCCUGGUUCUCCGUGCCGCAGGGCAACCUCGACAGCCUGGCCCCGGCGUCACGGGACAAGGUGUCCAACCUCCCGUCGCCCCUGACGGCCAGCGUGGCCGCGCUGGUGGAGUCCUUCGGCACCCGGGGCCUCGGCGACGUGGCCGACCUCGUGGCGCUCUCCGGCGCGCACACCAUCGGGCGGUCGCACUGCGGCAGCUUCGCCGACCGGUACCGGCGCGCGGACGACACCUUCUCGCGGAAGCUGGCGGCCAACUGCAGCAAGCACCCGGACCGGCUGCAGAAUCUGGACGUGGUCACCCCCGACCUGUUCGACAACGGCUACUACAAGGCGCUGCGGUUCAACCAGGGCGUGCUCACCUCCGACAUGGCGCUCGUCAAGAAUAAGACCACGGCGGCCAUCGUGAAGCGGUUCGCCCAGAGCAAGGACGCCUUCUUCCGGCAGUUCGCCAGGUCCAUGGAGAAGCUCGCCAGGGCGCCCAAGCCGGCGGGCAACGUGGGCGAGAUCCGGCGCUUCAGCUGCUUCAGGACCAAUGCCCAACGCGCCGACGCUGCCGUGGACGCUGCCGGUGAGGAGGAGGAGGGCUUCGCCGCCUCCGCCUGAUGGCUCGGUCAAGUACGUGCGUACGGUCGUCGUCGGCAAGCAGGCUCUGCCCCUGCGUUGUGUUAGCGUGCAUGCACGGUACGGCCGUAGCCAACCGUGUUGGAGUUCUCGACUUGCUUCUAUUUUCUGCGUGCAUGGUUCGUGUAGCAAUAAAGAGACAGAGGCACAGAGCUUUCGAUCGUCGUUGCAUCUGA